CUCAAUUACCAUCCAGCAUUCCCUGGCUCCCCUUCAGUUUCGCCAAUCCCAUUGUCUUUGAGUCAAAAAAAAUGGCGAGCCCAACCCCACAGUUUCGCCUCGCAACCGUGGACGAUGCGACGCAGGUCCGGGAACUGGUCCAAGCCGCGUUUCGCGCACCCGACAACCGACAGGGAUGGACAGCCGACAUGGAGUUGGGUGCUCGCUUCCACAUCGGGAUCGAGGAAGUCACGGCUACAAUAACGCGCGCCGACAGCGCCAUUCUCAUGGCCACGGUUGCCGGCAACCUGGUGGCAUCGGUCCAUGUGGCCAAGCGCAGCAACGGACACGCUCGGCUGUCGAUGCUUUCGGUCGACGCGGCACAUCAGAGCAACGGCCUUGGGCGCCAGGUCCUCGAGUACGCCGAGGCCUACUGUCAGCGAGCCUGGGCCGCGACCACCGUGGAUCUGGACGCGCUCUCGACGCGGGAGCACCUCCUCGCCUGGUACCAGCGUCGCGGCUACCGCAAGACGGGUGGGACGUCGCCGUUUCCCCGCGAAAAGUUCAGCGAUCUGCACUUGCCGGUGGACUUGUGCUUCAUUGAGAUGGAGAAGGAUCUGAGCUGACGCCCGUGCCUUUCGAUCGGGAUCUGCGCCCAUGUUGAGGCAGUGACGUCGGCUGACCGAUUUCAUCCCCGCACCCCUGGACUGACGGGCGCAACUCGCCGGGUGCUUAGACCAAUGAAGAUGGUCGUCACACGACGGGCAAAACUCGUAUCCCACACUUCAGGGCUGUGGGAUUGCGCGGUCGAUCAGAUCAACUCGCCGCAGUCAGACACCAAGCGAACAUAGCCAACCAAACCAAACGCGAAACUUGCGCAGGGAGCUCGCGGCUCAAUUGAUCUCUCUGCGCCGCGAUGGUGAGGCACAGGACUCAGUCAGAGUUACUCAGCGCAGAAAAAGUGUCGUUGGCGCGCUGAAGAGUCUUUACCUCGGCAGGAGACGGGGCGAUUCAAGUUGGGACGGCCCUGUCAGCCUGUCGGAACAUGGCCGAGGGGUGUGAAUAGACAGUUUCCGCGGGUAGCAGGCGCGUAAUGCGUCCUGUUUCUGCGUCAUGAAUUGACC